UUGGUUUAUUGCAUGUGUCUGGUAGGGAACUAUGGGUCUUUGAGACCAUGCAGGGGAGCGGCGGUCCCACAGGUGGGCUGCGUCUGCACCACAACACGCAGUUAGAAAUGCACUGAGAGAGGAGAGCAGCAGAGCAGCUUCGAUCCCCGGUUCUCACAGCGGUGCGGUGGGAGGAUGAGGGGAGAUUAAAGGACAUGGCACCGCACAUCUCCUGCGUGCGACGCAGAGCCUGAGACGAAAACAUUCAAAACAAACCAAACAAACCCCCGAUGCUGCUGCUGCUGCUGCUGGACUUUCUAAUGCUACGGAGAAAGUGGAAAACGCUGAGGCUUCAAGGAUGUUCUUCUCAGAUGGGAAUCUCUCAGCCGUCACUUGUGCUCUCCUGUUGGGAAUAACGUGUGUGACCGUCCUCUGCGACCUCACCAAGGGCUCCUCAGACUUCUCAGGUUACCUGUCCAAAGUGUUGAAGAACUACACCGAGCAGGCCUGUGACGGAGACUUCUUGUCUGUUCGCUGCCCACCCCGCACCACCAUCACUGUCCAAUCCGCUUUCUACGGAAGGAGAGGCGCCUCGGACCCCCAGCGGUGCCCUCAGACGUACCAGGCCCUCUUAAGUUCUUAUAACACUAGAGAGGAUGAUCGAUAUUGUUCUGUGUCCACCGCAUUACAGAAAAUGCUGGACGAGUGCCAAGACAGAAGGAGCUGUCAAGUCCUUGUCAACAGCCGCGUGUUUGGGACAGACCAGUGUCCUGGCAGCAGUAAAUACCUCAUUGUCUGGUACAAAUGCAGACCUAAUGAGUAUAAGAGUAAGGUGGUCUGUGAGGAGGAGAGGAUGAGGCUGAGUUGCAAACGGGGCAUGCAGAUCGCCGUUUACUCCGCCAUGUUUGGCCGGACUCAACAGGGCACCCUGGAGUGUCCCCUGCACCACAGGAGGGCCCCUUCAGUAGACUGCCAGUCGUCUGUGGCCCUGCAGGUCCUGACCACUCGCUGUCAGGGAAAGAAAAGCUGUCUGAUUCGAGCCUCCACGAGAGACUUUGGAGAUCCGUGUUACUCUGGCACCAGGAAGUACCUCAGUGUCAUCUACACCUGUGUCCCAAAGAAGUUGCUCCAGGAGCAGGGACCCAGACCGCCGGUGUACUCCCCACCACCCAGUGCCCAUGACCCCAACAUAGUAGGAGACAGUCCUCCGGAGGGGACCACAGUUAAAAGCCCCGACUCUGCUCCAGAUAGGAAGAAGAUUAGGGAGACAAACCCCAACGAGCAGAAGUUUUCCGAAGCAGGAGGAGGAGGAGGAGGAGGAGGUGGAAGAAGAGGAGAAGAAAGCCCACUGCAGCCCCCAGGCAUGAAUCCUAUCAUCAACUCCACCUAUAGCCCCAACAUGGCCCUUAUCAGCAACGCCCUGGCUGCCUACACUUACAUAUCAGACCAUCCAGAGAGGGCAGCGCUGUUCUUCGUCUGUGGUGUGUGUUUGGGCCUCUUCCUCACACUCUUCGCCCUGGUGGUCCAGAUCUCCUGUCGCACCGACUGCCAGCCCCGCCAGCGGCCUCCCGUCAAGAAACGAGCACGGCCCACCAACACGUCCUCCGAUUCCAGCGACUCAGACUCAGACUGGGACACCACCUCGGAUCUGUCGGCGCGGCGGCAUCGGCGAUUCGAACGCACGCUUAACAUGAACGUGUUCACGUCAGCGGAAGAGCUGGAAAGAGCGCAGAGGCUGGAGGAGAGGGAGCGAAUCAUCCGAGAGAUCUGGAUGAAUGGGCAGCCUGACAUCCCUGGGACACGGAGCCUCAACCGGUAUUACUGAGGACUGCUAAGGAGCUUUUUUUCUGUGACUUUAACAAAAAUCUAGGACGCACUUGGGUUGGAAAGAUGCAAGAGGUGUGACUUUUAUGAAGCUUUGUAAGCAAUCAUGCAAAAGCGACUCACCCUGAUGAGAAGUGUGGAAGGAAUUGCAGACUUGGGGGGGGGGGGAGAAAGUACUCCCUCUCUGCUGGUUUGCAUAUUCCUCUGGGUACCAUAAGCUGUACCCUGCUCAGUACGAGAAUAAGCUCCCACUCUGCACGGUAAGCUCACUUCUUAGCUGCCUCUUUCUGCCGGAAGCGAGGGGUGAAAGGCUACGCUGCCUUGCCAGUGACCUCAGCGAGCCUCUCUGAAGUGAGGAUCUAUGGGUUAGCUGCCUUUAGACACACACUACAUGGUGACUGAAGGACCAGGGCCUCAGCUGGGUCUGUUUUAUGCAGAGCACGAGGCAGCUGCAAAUGACUGUGACACUUGGACCUUUAUGCUCAGCGCCCUCCAGUAUUCAAGUGUCGACUUAACAGAGGGGGCAGCAUACAAGUAACAGAUGUGUACCUGGAUAGUGGGACAAAGUAAGACAAUCUUUUCACAGUGAAUAACCAUGCUGCCUUUUGAACUUUAUGAAAACCAAAAGAUAUUUUUGGGUUAAUUCAUCUCAGCCCUUAUGAAAUCUAUUUUAUAAUAUUUAAUAGUUUAUUGAUGUUGUGUAUUUUUUUGUUUUCAAGUAUGGUUUAUUAUGAGAUAUUUUUAUACUUGGCGAAGGUUAUUUGGCACCUCAGGGAUGCAAUCCUAGUGUUUCUGUGUUUGGUUGAUGUAUUUGCUUCCUAAGAAGGGGAUCAGCCCAUUUAAACAUCUUUGUCAGCAUUCAAAGAGAAGAAUUAGAAAUAUCAUAUAAAGAGCCUCAAAGAGGUUUAGUGAUUUAACCUUAUUUUUGAUACAGUAUGUUUAAUUCACAGUGCAGUGCCUUUUCUAGCUAUUAAGUCACUGUUGUCAAGAGUGCAGCUGGUAUAUAAGUCGGAAACUGGUCAAAUGAUUUAUCCAUUGAAUAUUCCAUAUAUAGCUUAUCAUAUAUGUAUUCACUUUAAUCAUUACUGUUGUUUUGCUUAAGUGGAGCAUAUGUAAAAUCUGAAUGUCUCAGUCACACAUUGCACUUCCUUUCUCCCCAGAUGUAAAUGUACAUAACCAUAAUAUCCAGUCUUGUACCGGUGAAUUUGGUAGGCAUUAUUGUUCUUUCACUGAAAGCAACUUUCAGGUGUUGUGUCAGCCAUGUCCUUGUUUCAAAGAUGCCAGUGCUAAACCAGAUGCUUGUGAUAAUCACUGCUCACGUCUAUCUGGAGAAGGAGCCAGCACUGCCUCUUUUAAAUCAUGUUUAAGUUGCAGUUUGAUAAAAUAAGCUAUUGUCAGUCCAGUUCUGUUUGCGCUGCCCUGGAUUCAAGUGUAGAAUUAAUUAUAGUUUUCUGACAAAAAAAGCUUGGUAUUUUCCUGAUUAAGAGAGAGUUUAACUUAGAGUUACACAGGACAUAAAAAAAAAUCCCUUUCUAUUUUGUUUUCUAAACAGUUACGAACAGAUUUAAAGGUGUGAAUGGGAUGACAGUGUGCCAACAGCUGGUAAAGUGAGACCAAAAUAUAUGACUCCUGUGCUUGGAAUAAACUGUGUUCAAAAAUAA